AGCUUCACAUUUUUAGCCUUUGCGAUAGUAAUUAACCGUCAGCGUUCCUCUUCUUUCACAAUCCUUUUCAGGAAAAGUUUAUAUUAUACACCGAUCGGUGUAGUGACAAAGAAAAAAACAAUAAUAAAGGAAAAAUACAAUGUUUGGACCGGGUUCGGCACCAAUUGUAGUUCUCAGUCAGAACACGAAGCGCGACACCGGUAGAAAAGUACAGAGAGAGAAUAUCCAAGCGGGCAAGGCAAUUGCCGACGUCAUUAGAACAUGUUUGGGUCCUCAAGCCAUGUUGAAGAUGCUUAUGGAUCCAAUGGGUGGCAUCGUAAUGACAAAUGAUGGUAAUGCGAUUUUGCGCGAAAUCACUGUGCAGCAUCCUGCUGGAAAGUCUAUGAUAGAAAUUGCCAGGACUCAGGAUGAAGAGGUAGGGGAUGGUACCACUUCGGUGAUUGUUCUGUCAGGCGAGAUCUUGGCUACCGCCGAACCAUUCUUGGAACAAAACAUGCAUCCUACUGUCAUCAUAAGAGCGUAUCGUCAGGCUUUGGAAGAUAUGGUCAUAAUUCUCAAUGAAAAAGUCAGCAUCGAUUUAGAUUGCAAUGACAAAAGUAAACUAGUCCAAGUGAUAAAUUCCUGUACAGGUACUAAAUUUAUCAGACGUUGGUCCGAAUUGGCCUGUCAAAUCGCUUUGGAUGCUGUUCAUACCGUGAUGCUCGAGGAGAAUGGCAGAAGAGAGAUCGACAUUAAACGUUAUGCCAAGGUAGAGAAGAUACCCGGUGGUACGAUAGAGGACAGUACUGUUCUCAAGGGUGUGAUGAUCAAUAAGGAUGUGACACAUCCAAAAAUGAGACGUUACAUUAAAGAUCCGAGAAUAGUACUGCUGGAUUGUCCAUUGGAAUAUAAGAAGGGCGAAUCUCAGACGAAUAUAGAAAUAAUGAAGGAUGUUGAUUUCACAAAGAUUUUGGAACUAGAGGAGGAGUAUGUGAAAAAAGUAUGCGAGGAUGUUAUUUCAGUGAAACCGGAUGUCGUGAUAACAGAGAAAGGCAUAUCGGAUCUUGCUCAGCAUUACCUUGUGAAAGCCGGCAUAUCCGCGAUACGCAGGCUACGAAAGAGUGACAUUAACAGAAUUGCUCGCGCUUGUGGUGCUACCGUCGUCAAUCGCACCGAAGAACUCAAGGAAGAGGAUGUUGGGACGGGUGCUGGUCUUUUUGAAAUCAAGAAACUCGGUGAUGAUUAUUUCUGUUUUAUCACAGAAUGCAAAGAUCCUAAAGCUUGUACAAUCAUUCUGAGAGGUGCUAGCAAAGAUAUCUUGAAUGAGACUGAGAGAAAUUUGCAAGAUGCGUUGCAUGUUGCCAGAAAUCUUCUUGUCGAUCCAAAGCUCGUACCAGGUGGUGGAGCAGUGGAAAUGGCAGUAUCUCGACUCUUAACAGAAAAGGCGGCAGGACUUGCAGGUGUGGAACAAUGGCCAUACAAGGCGAUCGCACAAGCCUUGGAGAUCAUUCCCAGGACGCUAGCGCAGAAUUGUGGUGCAAAUACUAUCAGGACUCUAACAGCGUUGCGCGCUAAACAUGCAACAGAAGGAACUACUUGGGGCAUUGAUGGAGAAACGGGAAAAUUGGUCGACAUGAAGGAACGCGGUAUAUGGGAACCAUUGUCUGUAAAAUUACAAACGUAUAAAACGGCGAUCGAGACUGCUAUCCUGUUAUUGAGAAUAGAUGACAUUGUUUCCGGAAGUAAAAAGAAGAAAAAUGAGAAUGAAACUGGGCAACCGAGUCAAGUUACGGAGGAGUGUAUGAAAGAAUAAAUAUUUUCGAUAUCUAUUGAA